AUGGCGAGUCACCACUCGGAAGGCGCCACGGAGCGCCAUCCAGAUCCGCAGAGCCGCUCCUCUGUCUCAGACUUCUGUCUCCCGUCCUCUCCUUCAUCUUCCUCUCCUCCCCGUGCUUCACCUUCCUCGGCAAUUGGACCUCGAUGCGGCUGCAAAGGCAUUCGGCGUUGCUUACUUUGCUCCACGGCUCCGUCGCUCUCGCACGGGCCCUGGGCAAGUCACGCGCCCCCACGAAGCGCACGCGCACCAGCGACUGGCGAGAAGGUUGACGAGCUCCUGGGAACCGGCAGCCUGCACGGCGGGUUCCCUCUCGCGGGCCAACCGCCUUCGGGUAGCCUCUCCUCGCCGCUCGCCGUGGGCCUCAAGGAAACGCGCGCCGGCGCCGAGGGAGCAGACGUCCCGGACGCGAAGCAUCGGGCAGAACGCGUCCAACCUCCGUUCUCCCAGUGUCGCUGCAUCUGCAGCGCACGCGCGUCAAGGCACUUUGAGGGCGGGAGCGAGCGUCAGUCGCGUACAGAACGCGAGGCGCGCGCGGAGGACCGUCCGGGCGACGCAGGCCGCGCAGGAGCGCGGAGAAGCGAGGGGGGAGACGGCGACGGGCGUAAGAAGUCUCUGUCCUGCGAAGAGUCGGUGGGGAUGCGAGCUGCACAUCAGACAGAAGUGCCGACGAAGGAGGAACAGGCCGGUCCAGAUCGGGACUGUUUGUCCUUGUAUUUCCUCUGGUGUCCUCAGUGCCAAGAGCUGCACAGGCAAAUCGCGGAACCGGAGAGGCUAGAGGCUCUCGCCGCAAACGAAGAGAACGACGCGAGGACCACACGAAGCGGAGAGCGGGGAAACGGAGAAGCAGGAGGCGAGGCCGAAGGAACGGACUGCGAGGGGAACGGAGACCAGAAAGGAAGAGGGGCAAGGAGAGAAGAGCGCGAAGCGGCCUCUUGUCGCUUUCUCCGCCUCGGCAUCUGCGCGCGAAUCGAGGCAACAGACAGGCAAGACUGUCCAAGCACGCUUGGCACGUCUCUUGAGGCGCUGGCGAAGACAGAGGCCCAGCCGUCCGCCGCCCUGCCUUUUUCUCACCCUGUUCUCACGAGAAAGGCGAUUGCACGAGCUGUGGCACGAGUCCUCUCCGACGCUCCGUCCAGAGAAUGUCGCUGGGCAGCUGACGCCCGCGACGAAGGCCCAAGCGAGGAGCAACCGACGGAGAAGAUCCACGACGGGAAAGAGACAGAGAACCCAGCAGCCAGUAGGCCUUCGGGCCACGCCGUGAGUUGCCGCAGAAGAUCAGCAGAGGCCACGGCGAGCAGAGAGAUACUCGCGCGACCGUCUCUGCGAGAUCCGUCUGAGUCUCCUGCGGCGCCUGCUUGUCCGGGACGGAGAGGACUGUCCAUGAAAAACCUUGAAGAAGAACUGAUGUCUCUUCUGGGUUUGUGCGGCGACGGCGGCGCAGGCAUCAGUGGAGACCGUGGCUGUGGGGCCCAAGGGGGGAGCGGAGUGAGCGAGAUGCAGCCGAUGGCCGGGGCAGACGCGAGACCGGAGCUGGUCGCUGGAAGGCGAGAGCGCCCUGGCGACGGUCCCUUUGGAGUUUUUCUUCUCCCUGAUGCUCUGCAGCCCCAAGAAGAGACGGAAAUUCUCGCAUGGGCAGACGGCGGCACGGAGGAGACGCAGGCGCGAGAAGGGGACUCGCGAGCGGAGGCCUGCGGAGGGGAGGGCGAGCCGAGAAGAGAGACGCGCGCCAAGGAACAGGGCUUUUGGGCCCUGUCUCAGUCGGGAAGGCGGAAAAUCGAUUUCGGGCCCAAGGUGAAUUUCAAGAAGAAACGUUUGAAGCUCGGACUCUUCAAUGGAUUUCCACCCUUCACGAAACGCCUUCUCGCGCUUCAUCCUGACGAACGUUCCCCCGCCUCUUCUUGCUCGCGUUCCGGUUGCUCCUCGCCUUCCAGCUCGCCGUCGUCGCCUCCGCCUCCGCCUCUCUCCUCUCGCUCUGUUCGAGCUUUCCCGUUUCCUGUGGCCGCUUCGAGUGUAUGUACAGUCGAACGCGCUGGCGUGCAAGGCGCCGAGCGUUUGACGCUGCAGGCUUUCCGCAAAAAGCUGCUCAGCACCUUCCAGCCUGUGGAGCUCUGCCUCCUGGAGUAUGUCCCCAGUCGCGGCUCUCAUAUCGAGGAGCACUUUGACGAUUUCUGGCUGUGGGGGCCUCGCCUUGUGACGUUCACGCUCGCUUCCUCGACAAUCCUCUCGUUCGUCAGCCCCGUGUUCUGCGUCCCUCGCGAGCUCUUCGAGGCAGCACGGCCUCACUCUCUCUGUCGACACGGCGAGGACACGCCGUCUCCGUCGUCUUAUCCGUCUCCAUCGUCUUCGUCAGCCGCCUCUCCGGAGGCUUUGCAGGCCUCGCCAGCAUCGGCGCCCCAUUCUGUCUGUGGCCGUUCUGCGAAAAAGUCAGCCUCCUCUGUUUCUUCUUCUGCCUCUCGUGAAUCGUCACUUCCUUCUCUCUCUUUGGGGCCUUCUUCACUUCCAUCGUCUUCUUCUUUGGCGUCUGAGUGCGGUCGGGUUCGCGUGGAAAUCCGAGUUCUGCUCCCACGUCGAAGUCUGGUGGUUUGUGAAGGCCCAUGCAGAUACACCUGGACGCAUGCAAUUCGCUCGCACCACAUCUUCUCGCGGCGGGUAGCUGUGACCCUUCGCGAACUUGCUCCGGAGUUUCUUCCUGGUGGAGAGAGCGCAGAAGUAGGUCAGAAACUCCUCUCGCUGGCUGCUUCCUUCAACGGUUCGCCUGUGAAUGUUCAACAAGAGGACGGGCCACCUUCCGAGAAGCACGCCUCCACCGAAACCGAGGAAACAGCUUGGAAACGCCUCCCCCUCGUUGCUGCUUAA